AUGAACACUAAAAAAACAUUUCGCAUAGGGUAUAAAUACAAAUCGCAUUCGGAUAUCUUUUACAACGAGGAGAAAUACACAGACGACAGACGUGUAAACAUAUUUGCCUCAAAUUUUGAAGACAUCAUACUAAAUUAUGAUGUAAAAAAACUUGAUUCGGUUGACUUGGUGUUUAUUCCGGUACUUCAAGGUGACCACUUCUAUGUCUUGUGCUUCCACUUGAAAACCGGCAAAAUUGAGCUGAUUGACAAUUCAGCCGCUGAACAAGAGUUUAAGGACAGAUACAAGGGGCUUCCAGACACACUGAGAAGGGUUUUGGUUUUAUACCUAAAAAAGGCUUUAAAACCAACACCAGCUAUAGAAGAACUUGGAACAUCAGAGAUAGAAAGAAAAGAGAUGGAUUGGAGGACGGAGAAUAACGGCGUAGACUGUGGAGUGUUUACGAUGCGUCACAUGGAAACAUACAAAGGAGAGAAAACACCAUGGGUGACUGGGUUUGUGAAAGAAAAUGAAGUAAACAACAGACAGAAUUCACAACUUCGUCUCCUGAAGCACAGAUAUCUAAGUAAAAUCAUUCUAUCCGAACACAAUGUGCAUCGUGAACAAGUAAUUAAAAAGGAAAAUGCUUUCGAUAAAAGGCCAGACAAAGAAAAGUAUAUGAAAGAUUUGGAGAAAAUAAUCCCAGAUAGAUUGAGUGCAUUUAUUGGAAAGGACUAGUAAACUUGUUUGAUGUUGAUUUCUGUUGAAUAUUUAGACUAGUUAAAUAACAUUAAUGUUUUUAAUUUCGCAUAUAUAAUGUAUAAAAUCGCAUGUUUGACAUUGA